AUGGAAAAAGAUUAUCGACCUAAUUGGGUUGUACGUUGUCUUUCCGUACCUGGACCAGAUACCUCAUUAUCUCUUUAUAUAGCAUUUGACAAUGCUCGAUGGCUGUUUGGAUGUGGGGAAGGUACUCAGAGGGCGUUUAUACAGAAAGGCUUGGUGAUGAGAAGUUUGACGGGGAUCAUCAUGCCCAGUGGUGGAAGUAAAGAUCGGAAUGGGCUUCCUGGACUGAUUAUGACUGCUGCCGAUGCGGGGAUAAGGAAUCUCGAUAUUAUCGGUCCUCCAGAUGUGGGACAUCAUCUUGCCUCUUUUCGAGCUUCAUUACAGCGAAUCUCAAUCAAUGUCAAAACUCAUCAUCCUUCCACUGCCUCUUCUGAAUUGAGACAAAUAUACGACCAUCCAAGCAUCAAUAUCAAAGCUUUCUCUAUCUUACCUUCAUCGCAAUCUGACUCGAAUGAUCAAUCAUCCCCUAUCCCCACACCUCCUCCUUUUAUACCCAUCACUUCCACAGUAACGAAUCCCGUGCCCCACCUGCAUCCACCAACACAACCAUGGGCUCUCCCACCUGACCAAAAGAACACCUGGAUAGAACAUAUCAUGGACGACAUGUUCUCUCGUCAUUUUGCCAAACCCAGUCCCGAUACGCCAGGUCCGAUACGACCAAACUCUGCCGAUGCUAGAUAUCCUCUAGGAUUGCUAGACGACUCAGUUCAGAGAUGCGAUAUGAUCUACGUCUUUCAAGCUCCUGAUUUUCCUGGGAAAUUUGACGUUGCUUCUGCUGAGCGAUUAGGGGUGUAUGGAAAAGCGAGGGGGUUGUUGGUAAAAGGACAGACUGUGGAGGUGAAGGAUCCUAGUCAACCGGGUGGAAUGAGAAUUGUGAGACCUGAGGAAUGUUUGAGUGGAGGAGGCACAGGGGCAGUAAUGGUGAUUGUACAAUGUACAGAGAAGACAGUAUCUUCUUUGUUGGGAUCGUCUCAAUUGAACGAUUACAAACAUCCUGGAGGAGGCAAGACGGUCGCUUUGAUGGUGCAUCAUACAUCCAAGGAUAUUUGGAUGAGGGAAGACUAUCAAAGAUGGGUACAAUCUUUUGGUACCGAGCCAAAAGUGACUGACACUACACCCUCUCCCAACGAAAUCUUCUUUACUUCGGCAGCAUGGAAUCAUCUCCAUCUCUCACAAAUCGAUUCUACGAUAUUUCACUUUCCAAAUUCACUUCCUCAAACUACACCGCCUAUCUCUUUACCUUCAAAUACCGUCCUCUUACAAUCUGGUCAUAGUAUUCGAAUGCAUCCUCCUGGAUCACUCGAACUUCUCCCUCGACCAUCCAAAGAUAUCCCUUUCCCACUACCUUAUCUCUCAUCGAUAUCUGAUAUCCCUUCCCCUUCAUCUGAAUAUCUCAACGCUUGUUUGAAAGCUCAAGAAACGGUCAAACACUUAUCACUUCCCAUACCACCUAAAACAUCAGCCACUGAAACGACACCCUUGCAAUCUGUCAAUCCCAUCCUCCCUCUACAAGACGUGGGUAUGAAAGACCAGCAUGACAAAGUCACAUAUGAAGCAGAACCGAAAGUAGGGGACGACAUAAUCAUCACAACCCUCGGAACAGGGUCAGCUCUUCCAAGUAAAUACAGAAACGUUUCUUCUACUCUUGUAGAGAUACCAGGGACUGGUGGAGUAUUGUUAGAUUGUGGAGAAGGUACUUUAGGUCAAUUAAGAAGAAGGUUUGGUGAUUUGUCAGAGCUCUGGAAAGAUUUGAAAAUGAUUUUCAUCAGUCAUUUGCACGCUGAUCAUCAUUUGGGCUUACAAUCGAUUUUGGAGGAUAGGUUCAAGCAUAACAUACAUACCCCACUAUACAUCAUAGCUCCAAUACAAAUAGCAUUAUCAUUACAAGAAAGUUAUAAAUGGCAAUUGGACGUUCCUCGGGAAGCAUUGAGAAAUUUGGUGUUUUUACCUUCCAACAGAAUACAGGGUAUGAUAUCCCGGGAUUCGUUGUCUUUGGUCAAGAGGGUUGAUGGUGGAUCUGGGUCGUCUGUGGGGGUGGGGAAAGAUGGGUCGGAGGGUUUGGGAAGGGGUUGGCCGUUCGGUUUGUUGUAUAGUCCUGAACUUGCUUCUGAACAAACUCUCCAAACUAACCUCCGAGCUUUGUUCGACGCGUUAUCUCUCGAAGAAAUACAAAUACCUUUGGUAGAACAUCGUGGCAGGGCUUGGGGUCUAGUGCUGAAACAUCAAACAGGGUGGAAAGUAGUAUACUCGGGAGAUACAAUGCCUUCUGAGAAUUUGAUACAAGCCGGAAAAGGAGCAACUGUUUUAAUUCAUGAAGCUACUUUGGAAGAUGACAAACCUGAUGUUGCAAAGGAAAAAGGACAUUCUACUUUUUCUCAAGCUGUGGGUGUUGGUAGAAAAAUGGGAGCUUCACACAUCCUUCUGAACCACUUCUCACAACGGUAUCCAAAACUUCCUCGACUUGCCCCUUCCUCCACUUUCUACCCUUCGUACCCAACAAUCGACCAAACCGACCAAACUAUUCCUUCCACCUCAGAAGCCGUCGCAUCAAAAGGGACGGAUCCAAGUCACACUAUAUCAUCUCCACUUCAACCCGAUCCAGAACCCAUCAUCUCCAUCUCAUUCGACUUGAUGUCUAUCCGCGUAGGGGACAUGUGGAAAAUGUCCCAUUAUAUGGAGGCCAUGUCCCUUUUGUUCGCCUCCGAGCCGGAAGAAAGUGAGGGGAUGGUAGAGGGGGAUGUGAAUAGUGUAGGUACGAGGCAAAAGAAGAGAGGAUCGGGUGAAGCUUUACUUGAUGAAGUGGUUUCGGCCAAAGAGGACGCUGUGGGAACUGAAAGUGGGGGAGGAGCAGGGAAGGGGUCGACGACAGUUAGGAAAGAGGGCCAGAAGACUGAUAUGCAUGACGGGAAGAAGAAGAGACGGGCGGAGAAGGCGAAACGAGCUGGGAAAGGUUUGUCUGGAGGAGAUGGUAUGAUCAGUGGAAGUGGGGUAGGUACGAUGGAGGGGAAUGUUUUGGGUGAGAAGCCUGAAGUGGGCGGGCAGGAGGUUGUCUGA